UUAAAUUUUAAUUAUUUUUUUGAAAAAGAUAGAUGAAUACAUUAGAAUGAGUGUGAAUACAUUAGAAGAUGUUCAAGAUAAUAUAAAUGUUGAUUUAAAUGAAGAAAAAAGAAAGAAAAAGUUGGAGCUUCGGGCUAAAAAUAUAGAAACCUGGGAAGGAAUAAAGGGAGUUUUCAAAACGGCGCCUAAUCUUGAUACAAGUUUGAAGAAAAAUACGGCAUUUAUUAAACGUUUACGUACAGGAAUUACGUCGGAUGUUCAUGAUCAGUUAAUACGAGACCUUGAGACAUUAUCGCUUGAAAAGUAUAUUUCAGAAAUUGUGGGAGCAGUUGUUGAAGGUUUACAAAAGUCUAAAACAUCAGCAGAUAUUUUUACAGCUAUUGAGGGAUUUUUGAUGAUUAUUUAGAUUGUUUCUUAUAUUUGUAGGUUGUAUCUGCUCUUCAUCAGCGAUUUUCGACAUUAUUUACGCCUUUUUUGACAUUUCAGAUAGCGCGCAGUCUUACUCAGCCAUUAAAAAGUUAUAUGGCAUCAUUAACGUCAGAGCAACGUGAAAAAGAAGAUUCUCAGCGUAUUUCAAGACAACGUAUUCUUUUACGUGUUUCUGUUGAACUUUGGCUUGUUGGAAUUUUGCGCACAUUAAAUGAUGCAAUUCCACUUGGACUUACUAUAAACAAUAAUCCUCAAUUGAAGUCGCCAAAGUGCCAAAAACGCUCUGAAAACUACAUAAAUGAACCAUUUAUAUAUUCUAUUAUUAAAGAUAUUGUUCUUCAAGACCGAGAUUAUGUUAAUUUACCACUUAUUGUAACAUUUGUCAGAAGUUUUGCAAGUGAUAUUUUUUGUAUUAGUCAGAAACGCCUGCGAAAAAUUAUUGACGGAAAUACUUCUGAAAACUCUAUAGAAUCUUUACAACAAUAUGUCGACGAAAAUAUUUCUAUUUGUGCAACUGAUAUUAGAGAAAAUAUUAAGCUUUUACUACACAAAUAUUUUGAUAAUUUAAAAGAAUAUAUAAUAAAGGAGCAUAAAAAUCUUAAAAUUCAAGAGAAAAAUAUUUCAGACGUAUCUGUUAGCCGAGGAGAAAUUAAUGAAGAUCGCCAAAAUAAUCUUGAUCGCUUAGAAAAACAUCUAGAAAGGCUAAUUAAUAAUUCAAAAAUAUUAGCAGACAUUUUAGGUUUAUUAAUGCCUGAUUUAAAAAACCAGACUGAAGAGCCUAUUAAUAAUGUUGAUUCAUGUAUACGUGCUAGUAAUUCUCUUCUACAUGAUAAAGAAGAAAUGGUUUCGAAUUGUUUAUGGGAUGAUGAUGAUCAAAGAAAAUUUUAUGAAGAUAUUAUUGAUUUAAAAGACGUUGUUCCUCUUUCCCUUUUAACUAAUGAUAAAAAACAAAGCAAAGAAAAUGAGUCAUGUACUGAAAAUAAGACUCCAUCUUCUAUAGAUAAACUUGAUGAAAUGGAUUUAGAUAUUACUGAUGAUAAUAUUGAAGGAAUUGAAAGUGAACUUAAUGAAAGUGAUUUUUUACAAGAAGAUUCAAAUAUAUCUAAAGGAGUUAGCAUGCAAAUUGAUGUUUACAUUACUCGUUUAUUAGAACUUAAUAACCGUGAUAUGAUUGAUCAAGCAGCAAUAGAUUUUUGCUUUUUGAAUUCAAAGGCUUCCAGAAAUAAAUUGAUAAAGGCUCUUUGCGAACCUCCACGAAAUCAUCAAGACAUAUUUCCCUAUUAUUCACGUUUAAUUGCAACAUUAGGUAGAUAUAUACAUAGUGUUAGGGAUUCUGUUAUCGAAUAUCUUAUUAAACAGUUUAAAAAAAUAAUAGCCUUAGGAAAUAAGGAUUUGGAAUUACGUACAAGGAAUGCUCGAUAUUUGUCUGAGUUAAUAAAAUUUAAUGUUGUACCUCAUCAUUUAAUAUUUCAUUGUUUUAAAAUAGCAAUUGAUAAAUUUUCCAAGCAAACUAUAGAGAUUUUAUCUAUUUUGUUGGAAGAAUGUGGUAGAUUUUUGUUUAGACAUCCAGAAACAAAUCCAAGAAUGGUUACUUUGUUAGAAACAAUUAUGAGGAAAAAAAAUGCGCAAAAUUUAGGACAACAAGAGCGUCUUAUGAUUGAAAAUGCAUUUUAUUAUGUUAAUCCUCCUGAACAGCCAAUAGUUCAACGUAGAACUUUAUCUGUUGAAGAACUUUAUAUCAGAAAACUAAUCUAUCUUGAUUUAAACAAAAAAAAUUAUCCGCGAAUACUCAAGCAAUUAAGAAAGUUACAUUGGGAAAAUCCAGAGGUGGAAUAUACGCUUUUUAAACUUUUUUCAAAAGUAUGGAAUGUUCGUUUCAAUAAUAUACAUUUAUUGGCUAUUUUAAUUAAAGGUCUAUCUUGUUAUCAUCAUGAAUUUACUAUAAAACUAGUUGACAGCAUUCUUGAGCAAAUUCGAAUUGGAUUAGAAGAAAAUAAUUAUAAACAUAAUCAAAAACAAAUUGCAUUAGUUAAAUAUUUAGGAGAACUAUAUAAUUAUAAAAUUGUUGAUACACCUGUUAUAUUUGAUACAUUAUAUACAUUAGUUAUAUUUGGACAUGCGGGAGGAAGGCCUCAUCCAUGUAAAUUUACACCAAUUGAUGCACCAGAUGACUUUUUUCGUAUUCAUUUAGUAUGUACUUUGUUAAAUACAUGUGGAUUGUGUUUUGAUAGGGGUUCUUCAAGAAAAAAAUUAGAUAUUUUUUUAUCAUUUUUUCAGUAUUAUAUUCAUACUAAACUUCCACUUACUAUGGAUGUAGAGUUUAUUUUACAAGAUACUAUACGUUUGAUUCGCCCAAAUUUGAAGCUAAUAUCUUCACUUGAAGAAGCAGCAAAAGGAAUUGAUGAAAUUAUUGCUAAAUAUAUUAAACCUUAUGAUAUUCAAACAAAUUCUCAUGUUAUGGAUGAUAGUACAGAUACUGAAUCAUUUAACGAUGAUGAUGUGCCUAUAUUUGAUGAUCAAGAAGGGGAAAUUCAGGAGAAAGAGGAUGAUUUAGGGGAUAAUAUUAAAAACGAUUCUUCACAUAUUAAUGAAGAUGAUGAAAUCAUCAUGUUUAGAAGAGAGCGAAAUAAAAAAGAAGAGGAGGAAUUUGAUAUUGAGUUUUCAAAAAUAGUCUCAGAAAGUCUUGAAGCUCGUAAAUUUGAUCGUAAAGGAAUAUUUGAUCUUCCGUUACCAAUGAAACGACAAGGUUUUCAUGUAAAUUACAACGAAAUAGAUUCGCCGAAUGUUUCAAAUAAUAAUAUCACUUUUGCGCUUCUUGUUAAACGAGGAAAUCGUCCAAUGACUCAUAUAGUCGACAUUCCAUCCGACUCUGCCUUAGCUAUAUCAAUGCGAACAAAAAAAGAAGCGGAAAAGCAAGAACAACAACAUAUUAAGUCUCUUGUUCUUAAAUAUGAGCAGAUGGAUAAUGAUGAAAAAAAGAGAGUAUAAUAUUAUAAAUCAAUUUAUUUAGCUUCUCAAAAAAAUUGAAAAAAU